CAGCGUCCUCCUUACGUGUUAUUUUUUAAAUAUCUUUCUCAGUAUUUUUUAUAGUAGUCACUGCUUUGUCACUUACAGCGACAGCAAGACGGUAAUAUGCGUCAAGGUGACGCGUUUGCGCAAUCGGGCAUCUGACGUGCUAAAGAAAAACAGACGCUCAAAGAGUGUUUUUUGAGAUGAUGGCGUGUAGGAACGUUAUUGUUAGCUCCAUUGUGGUUAUCAUUACAUACCAAUGUUUCCCUAGGACAAGGAGCUUCCUCUUCAAACCGGACGACCCAACAAACGCUGGAGGCAAUCAAUCCGACACCGAUGAAAUGCCAGCCAACAACAAUGAAAUGCCAGCCAACACCAAUAGGAUGCCAGCCAACAACAAUGAAAUGCCAGCCAACAACAAUGAAAUACCAGCCAACACCAAUAGGAUGCCAGCCAACAACAAUGAAAUACCAGCCAACACCAAUAGGAUGCCAGCCAACAACAAUGAAAUGCCAGCCAACACCAGUAGGAUGCCAGCCAACAACAAUGAAACGCCAGCCAACACCAAUGAAACGCCUUGUGCGUGAAAUCUGUCUAUUCAAAUAAAUUGUUCCGUUGAAGAUAAAGAGUGCAGGAAUUUAAUCAUUAUACUUUCCACAU